AUGUACAAAUGGUAUGGUCGUGUUGCUCUUGUAACUGGUGCCUCAAAUUCUAUUGGCAUUGAGAUAUGCAAAUCGCUUGUUCAACAUGGAAUGACGGUUUGUGCUGUUGUGAAGAAAUCUGGUGUUGCAAAAUUGGAGGAACUGAAUAGGACACUUUUUGAUGUCAAAGGGAAAAUGUUGACAUUUGAAUGUGAUAUAACAGACGAAGAUCAGAUUAAGGCAGUAUUUAGACACAUAGGCGAUACAUUUGAUGGAAUAGAUUUACUUGUGAACAACGCUAAUGUCAUGCUUAAGGGAUUCUUAUUAGAUGGGAAGAACACGGCAGACAUGUAUCAUAUAAUGAACACAAAUGUUUUGGCUCUAUGUGUUGUUACUAGAGAAGCUGUCAAAUUAAUGCGUCAACGAGCAAUGGAACGGAAAGAUGUCGGACACAUCGUUAAUAUAAAUUCAAUUUUUGGACAUAAAGUUACGGCUUGCGUGCCUGGAUCGCAACCAAUGAAUGGAAUGUAUCCGGCUUCUAAGUACGCAGCAGUUGCAAUUACUGAAUCUAUUCGACAGGAGCUUUUGUUUUUAGAUGAAACAGUAAAAGUCACAAGUUUAACACCUGGUCUAGUUGAAUGCGACAUCCUUCAAGAAAACGCUAACGAUGAACUUGUUAAAUUAAUGCCAGCCUUAAGACCCGAAGAUAUAGCGGCAGCCUUGACUUUUGCAAUUAGUGCAAAAGACAAUGUUGAGGUGCAUGAAAUUGUUAUUAAACCUGUUGGCGAGUUUCUUUAA